UGCCAUCCCCUUCUCAACUUUGUAAGACAUGCGGCGAACCCCGUUACUGCAAAGGUUGGUCGUUGCGUUGUUCUGGCUCGGACCUCCGGCGCGCAACUUGCAAGAUAGUCAGAAGAGUUACCGAAGCCACGCCACGACAUGCACGACAACACACACAUCAAUGAUCAGUGACAGAGGAUGGAGGACCGGCGGGAUAGUGUCCGACAUCUGCCAGGCGUGCUCUAUUACCAACGCUCGGGCACCGAGCUAACAUCCUGGUGACGAGCAGAGGUGGGAUGUUGACCGUCUCUUUGCUUACAGAUCUCCGGUGUCUGUUCCCUCGCCUGCAAACGAAAUGGGAUGGGGGAUUGCCUUAUUGCAUUUUCUUGCUGACUUAGCUGCAGCAGUCUGAGG